AAUCAUCCUCUUCUCGACCUACAUCAAAACUUCUGCGAUCUUUCAAUCAUACCAGCAAAGCCGCAUUUCGUCACCGUCUUUGAUCCCUCUGAAAUUCCAUCCUCUGAUUCCACCGUGCAGCGUGUCAUCCCCCCUAUCCCCAACUCUAAUCACCGGUCUAACACGAAGAAGAAGGAUCUCCCUCUUCCUACUGCUGAUGAACAAUCAGCCGAAUCCCGAUUUGUGCUCAACGCCUCUGGUAGCGGCUCAUCCGAAGCCAGUCAAUACGGCCUGAUGCUUCGCUCAAAUGGCACGAAAGCCAAAUCCCUAAAAGGUAAUGAUGCUCGUUUGUCUGAGAAGAUGAGAUAUCGGGAACUGAUAAAGGAUUUGCCAUAUGAGGAACUCCCUGAUGUCCCCGUUGAGGGUUUUGGGGCAGCUAACUUAGCUGGGUACGGAUGGGUUGAGGGAAAGCCUAUUGGUCGAAACAGUAAGGAAGAUCCAAAGGUUUUUGAGUAUAAACCAAGGGCUGGGACAGAGGGGUUUGGUUACUCGCCGACUUUAGGGAAGAAAACCCAGAAGGAGGAGGUUGCAGUUGGAUUUAAAUCAGCUAAUGUGAAGAAUGACUAUAUUGAUGAUCGGGAUAAAGGGAAGUUUGAUAGUAGAGAGAGGAAGAAAGCGAGCAAGGAUAGAAGGUCUGAGGAAAGAACUAAGGAGGAGAAAAGAACAAAGUAUGUUUUCACUACAACUGCAGAGAAAAGUGCAGUUCGGUGGCUGAGAAGCCAUAUUAGGGUCAGAAUAAUUAGUAAAAAAAUUGGAGGGAAGCUCUAUCUAAAGAAAGGCGAGGUGGUGGAUGUUGUUAGCCCUACAACUUGUGAUAUCAAGAUGGAUGAAAGCGGGAAGCUUGUGCAGGGGAUCGAUCAAGAGAUUCUAGAGACUGCUCUUCCAAAGCGUGGGGGUUCAGUGCUUGUUUUGUAUGGUAAGCAUAAGAAUGUGUAUGGGAGUCUGGUGGAGAAGGAUUCUGAAAAGGUGACAGGGUUGGUAAGAGAUGCAAAUAGUCAUGCUUUGAUUAAUGUACCGCUUGAGCAGAUUGCUGAGUAUGUUGGAGACCCUAGCUGUCUUGGUUAUUGAAUUUUGAAGAGAGUAGUGGUUGCC